ACCAUUGUGAUGACGUAGUUAUGAGGCUGAUCGAAGGCGGGCCGCCAUUACAGAGUGUUAGUUUCUCUGGGAAGGUCGGAGGGAAGAGGGAACGGGGCACGGAGCGAUUCACCUCAGUACAGAAUAACUACGUCUGCCCUGAGACAGGCGUUCGAGCCGGGGGCGCUUUGUGGACCACGAACCGGCGGUGUGAACAUAACGUGUUGCUGUGUUUCCGCUUCGACUGGGGAUCUGAUCUCUGCGCAAAAAACCCGUCAGACUGCAGGCAAAAAAUAAUCUGAGGCAAAAAAAAUAAGCCCUCUUUCCCCAGGUCGGCCGUCGGCACCUCAACAUCAUAAGCGCUGUAGUCGAAACGCGGUCCCUUUUUCUCCGAAGAUACUGAAUUGAGUUCCAGAAUGGACGAUAAAGCGUUCACGAAGGAGCUGGACCAGUGGGUCGAGCAGCUGAACGAGUGCAAGCAGCUGACGGAGAACCAGGUUCGGACGCUGUGCGAGAAGGCUAAAGAAAUCCUGACCAAGGAGUCAAAUGUGCAAGAGGUACGCUGCCCCGUCACGGUCUGCGGAGACGUUCAUGGCCAGUUCCACGACCUUAUGGAACUCUUCCGGAUCGGAGGCAAAUCUCCCGACACCAAUUACCUUUUCAUGGGAGACUAUGUGGACAGAGGCUACUAUUCAGUGGAGACGGUGACACUUCUUGUAGCAUUAAAGGUUCGCUAUCCGGAGCGCAUUACAAUACUGAGGGGCAACCAUGAGAGUAGGCAGAUCACACAAGUAUACGGCUUCUAUGACGAGUGCCUGAGGAAAUACGGCAACGCCAACGUGUGGAAAUACUUCACUGACCUCUUCGACUAUCUUCCCCUGACUGCCCUGGUUGAUGGACAGAUAUUCUGCCUGCAUGGUGGCCUUUCUCCCUCAAUAGACACGUUGGAUCAUAUCCGGGCAUUGGAUCGCCUGCAGGAGGUUCCACACGAGGGUCCAAUGUGUGACCUGCUUUGGUCAGACCCUGAUGACCGUGGAGGCUGGGGAAUCUCACCCCGCGGUGCUGGAUAUACCUUUGGUCAGGACAUUUCCGAAACCUUCAACCAUGCCAAUGGUCUAACCCUUGUGUCCCGUGCACACCAGCUUGUCAUGGAGGGGUACAACUGGUGUCAUGACAGAAAUGUUGUCACCAUUUUCAGUGCACCAAACUACUGCUAUCGCUGUGGCAACCAAGCUGCCAUCAUGGAACUGGACGAUACUCUUAAAUACUCUUUCCUUCAGUUUGACCCAGCGCCUCGGCGUGGAGAGCCCCAUGUCACCCGGCGCACUCCUGACUACUUCCUGUAAACUUACAGGACAUCUACAGCAAAGUGAAAACUCAUUUUAUAUUAUGUAAUAAAUAAAAAAAGAAAAGUGGGUUACAACAUGAACGUACUAACAUGGACCAAAAUGUGCCAUAUUAGUGGUAAGCAUUUAGUGCACCCGUACCGAAUUGCCCGUUGUCUCAGUACUGCAACAAACAUUUCCCAUUUAGCCUUCUGCUCUACAGCUCAAGUCUCAAAAGCCUGCUGUAUACAAUGGUAGUAAUGUUUUUCUCCUUCCUGAACUGUACAUAAGAGAAUUGUGACUUGCUUUGCUUUUUUCCCUCCAACUUUACUGGAUAAAAUGUAAAAAUUUUUGCAACAAUUAGCAAAUGCCCAGCAUGUGAGAUAGUAUUUUUUAAUGUACAAGCUUACCUGCCCACCCUCCUUACUUCACCACACACUAUAUCAAGGAAUGAAUGCUUCAUGGAAGGAAAAACAUCUUCCUCAGUGAGAGUGUAUGCUUUCAUGCACAAGGACCCCUCACCCUUAUUACUCCUACCCUUGUCUACUCUUACUGUUUACUGUAUCUUUUCUGUAUAUUUGUCAUGAAGUGACUGCAUCUUCUUUGGUGUAUUGAAAAAAAUAAAGUACUUUUGAUCAUUA